AUGAUCGUACCACGUCAAUCCCGUGCCCCGACCGGUACACACCCCUUGCCCGGGUCCCCCCUUCAUAGUCACACCCCCUGCCCCCUCAUGCCAUCCGCUCCCCCCCGCCCCCACCCUCCGCGUGCCCGCUCCCUUGCCGCCUCUUUUGACCCUCCCUGCCCCCCUCGCCGUUUCCCACCACCCGCCAUUCGCUCCUCCCCGCCCGUGCGCUCCCCUCGUUUACCUUCUCCUCCCCCCUCCCCUCCUCUGCUGCACGCCUCUUCCUUCCCCUCGCCGACCCACUCCACUCCCUGCCCCUCCUCAAUCCGCACCCUGCCCCUCGUAUCUCGCCCCCCUAUGCUUGGUUUCUCCCCUCCCUGCCCCUCGCCGCCUUUCUCCGCUCCCCACCUCCCCCUCUCUCCCUGCCCCUCCACUCUCCCCCCCUUGCCCUUGGCUUCCUACCUCCCUGCCCCACCUUUUCCCCCCUCCGUGUGCUCAGCUUCUCCCCUCCCUGCCCCUCCCUCCUCCCUGCCCUGCCCCUCAUUUUCCGCCCCCCCACGCCCGGUUUCUCCCCUCCCCGCGCCUCCCUUUCUUUCUCCGUGCCUCUCCUUUGCUCCCUCCCUGCCCCCGCCUGCCUAUGCCCCUGUCUUUGGCUUCUCCCCUCCCUGCCCCACGUUUCUUCCCUCCCUGCCCCCCCUCUUCCCCUCCCUUGUUUUCCCCUCACCCAUUGCUUCUCCCCUCCCUGCCCUUGAUUUCCCGCACCCCUGCCCUUGUUUCCUACCAUCCAUGCCCCUCGUUUCCCCCCUUUGUACGUUCAGCCUCUUCCCUCCCUGCCCCUCCCCUCCUCCCCCCCUGCCCUUUGCGUUCCCCUCGUUACGCUCCCUUCUCCCCAUCCCUGCUGCCCUCUUGCCACCAUCAGCCCAUCCGCACCACCAGCCCCCCUCCCACCCUUCUCUCCCCCCCUCCCUUUCCCUCUCUCUCUCUCUCUCUCUCUCUUUCUCACACACACACGCACACUCCCCUCCCCCACCCCCCACCCACGUCCUCCCAUUCCGCCCCUCCCUGCCCCUUUCCCACCCCCUCGCACGCCCCUCACCUCCCACCUCCGUGCAACUGGUUUCCCCCCUAUGGUGCCUCCCUUGCAUCGCUCGCCCCUCUGCUCACCCUCUGCCCGCCCCUUUUCCGUGCCCUCAGCUGGCCCAGCCCCUGCCCGUUGCUGCCCCUCCCCUUGCCCCCUCAACUCCCCUGCCCCCCGUACACCCCAGUCCCAUCCAACCGCCCCCACCCUCCCCCGGCUGCCCGUUUCCGCUCUCCACCCCCGCGACCGUGUGCGGCUUCCAACCGCCCAACGGUGUCACACCCCCUGCCUCCUCAUGCCAUCCGCUCCCCCCCGCCCCCACCCUCCGCGUGCCCGCUCCCUUGCCGCCUCUUUUGACCCUCCCUGCCCCCCUCGCCGUUUCCCACCGCCCGCCAUUCGCUCCUCCCCGCCCGUGCGCUCCCCUCGUUUACCUUCUCCUCCCCCCUCCCCUCCUCUGCUGCACGCCUCUUCCUUCCCCUCGCCGACCCACUCCACUCCCUGCCCCUCCUCAAUCCGCACCCUGCCCCUCGUAUCUCGCCCCCCUAUGCUUGGUUUCUCCCCUCCCUGCCCCUCGCCGCCUUUCUCCGCUCCCCACCUCCCCCCUCUCCCUGCUCCCCCACUCUCCCCCCCUUGCCCUUGGCUUCCUACCUCCCUGCCCCACCUUUCCCCCCUCCGUGUGCUCAGCUUCUCCCCUCCCUGCCCCUCCCUCCUCCCCGCCCUGCCCCUCAUUUUCCGCCCCCCCACGCCCGGUUUCUCCCCUCCCCGCGCCUCCCUUUCUUUCUCCGUGCCUCUCCUUUGCUCCCUCCCUGCCCCCGCCUGCCCAUGCCCCUGUCUUUGGCUUCUCCCCUCCCUGCCCCACGUUUCUUCCCUCCCUGCCCCCCCUCUGCCCCUCCCUUGUUUUCCCCUCACCCAUUGCUUCUCCCCUCCCUGCCCUUGAUUUCCCGCACCCCUGCCCUUGUUUCCUACCAUCCAUGCCCCUCGUUUCCCCCCUUUGUACGUUCAGCCUCUUCCCUCCCUGCCCCUCCCCUCCUCCCCCCCUGCCCUUUGCGUUCCCCUCGUUAUGCUCCCUUCUCCCCAUCCCUGCUGCCCUCUUGCCACCAUCAGCCCAUCCGCACCACCAGCCCCCCUCCCACCCUUCUCUCCCCCCCUCCCUUUCCCUCUCUCUCUCUCUCUCUCUUUCUCACACACACACGCACACUCCCCUCCCCCACCCCCCACCCACGUCCUCCCAUUCCGCCCCUCCCUGCCCCUUUCCCACCCCCUCGCACGCCCCUCACCUCCCACCUCCGUGCAACUGGUUUCCCCCCUAUGGUGCCUCCCUUGCAUCGCUCGCCCCUCUGCUCACCCUCUGCCCGCCCCUUUUCCGUGCCCUCAGCUGGCCCAGCCCCUGCCCGUUGCUGCCCCUCCCCUUGCCCCCUCAACUCCCCUGCCCCCCGUACACCCCAGUCCCAUCCAACCGCCCCCACCCUCCCCCGGCUGCCCGUUUCCGCUCUCCACCCCCGCGACCGUUCACACCCCCUGCCUCCUCAUGCCAUCCGCUCCCCCCCGCCCCCACCCUCCGCGUGCCCGCUCCCUUGCCGCCUCUUUUGACCCUCCCUGCCCCCCUCGCCGUUUCCCACCGCCCGCCAUUCGCUCCUCCCCGCCCGUGCGCUCCCCUCGUUUACCUUCUCCUCCCCCCUCCCCUCCUCUGCUGCACGCCUCUUCCUUCCCCUCGCCGACCCACUCCACUCCCUGCCCCUCCUCAAUCCGCACCCUGCCCCUCGUAUCUCGCCCCCCUAUGCUUGGUUUCUCCCCUCCCUGCCCCUCGCCGCCUUUCUCCGCUCCCCACCUCCCCCCUCUCCCUGCUCCCCCACUCUCCCCCCCUUGCCCUUGGCUUCCUACCUCCCUGCCCCACCUUUCCCCCCUCCGUGUGCUCAGCUUCUCCCCUCCCUGCCCCUCCCUCCUCCCCGCCCUGCCCCUCAUUUUCCGCCCCCCCACGCCCGGUUUCUCCCCUCCCCGCGCCUCCCUUUCUUUCUCCGUGCCUCUCCUUUGCUCCCUCCCUGCCCCCGCCUGCCCAUGCCCCUGUCUUUGGCUUCUCCCCUCCCUGCCCCACGUUUCUUCCCUCCCUGCCCCCCCUCUGCCCCUCCCUUGUUUUCCCCUCACCCAUUGCUUCUCCCCUCCCUGCCCUUGAUUUCCCGCACCCCUGCCCUUGUUUCCUACCAUCCAUGCCCCUCGUUUCCCCCCUUUGUACGUUCAGCCUCUUCCCUCCCUGCCCCUCCCCUCCUCCCCCCCUGCCCUUUGCGUUCCCCUCGUUACGCUCCCUUCUCCCCAUCCCUGCUGCCCUCUUGCCACCAUCAGCCCAUCCGCACCACCAGCCCCCCUCCCACCCUUCUCUCCCCCCCUCCCUUUCCCUCUCUCUCUCUCUCUCUCUCUCUCUCUCUCUCUUUCUCACACACACACGCACACUCCCCUCCCCCACCCCCCACCCACAUCCUCCCAUUCUGCCCCUCCCUGCCCCUUUCCCACGCCCUCGCACGCCCCUCACCUCCCACCUCCGUGCAACUGGUUUCCCCCCUAUGGUGCCUCCCUUGCAUCGCUCGCCCCUCUGCUCACCCUCUGCCCGCCCCUUUUCCGUGCCCUCAGCUGGCCCAGCCCCUGCCCGUUGCUGCCCCUCCCCGUUGCCCGCUCAACUCCCCUGCUCCCCGUACACCCCAGUCCCAUCCAACCGCCCCCACCCUCCCCCGGCUGCCCGUUUCCGCUCUUCACCCCCGCGACCGUGUGCGGCUUCCAACCUGCCCAACGGUGGUGCGCACGGGGCGUUCUUUCGCACGGGCAAGCCUCCCCGGGGGGCCCCCACCCCGCUGAGUCGUUGUUCGGGUCACACCCCCUGCCCCCUCAUGCCAUCCGCUCCCCCCGCCCCCACCCUCCGCGUGCCCGCUCCCUUGCCGCCUCUUUUGACCCUCCCUGCCCCCCUCGCCGUUUCCCACCGCCCGCCAUUCGCUCCUCCCCGCCCGUGCGCUCCCCUCGUUUACCUUCUCCUCCCCCCUCCCCUCCUCUGCUGCACGCCUCUUCCUUCCCCUCGCCGACCCACUCCACUCCCUGCCCCUCCUCAAUCCGCACCCUGCCCCUCGUAUCUCGCCCCCCUAUGCUUGGUUUCUCCCCUCCCUGCCCCUCGCCGCCUUUCUCCGCUCCCCACCUCCCCCUCUCUCCCUGCCCCUCCACUCUCCCCCCCUUGCCCUUGGCUUCCUACCUCCCUGCCCCACCUUUCCCCCUCCGUGUGCUCAGCUUCUCCCCUCCCUGCCCCUCCCUCCUCCCUGCCCUGCCCCUCAUUUUCCGCCCCCCCACGCCCGGUUUCUCCCCUCCCCGCGCCUCCCUUUCUUUCUCCGUGCCUCUCCUUUGCUCCCUCCCUGCCCCCGCCUGCCCUAUGCCCCUGUCUUUGGCUUCUCCCCUCCCUGCCCCACCCUCUUCCCUCCCUGCCCCUCCCCUCCUCCCCCCCUGCCCUUUGCGUUCCCCUCGUUACGCUCCCUUCUCCCCAUCCCUGCUGCCCUCUUGCCACCAUCAGCCCAUCCGCACCACCAGCCCCCCUCCCACCCUUCUCUCCCCCCCUCCCUUUCCCUCUCUCUCUCUCUCUCUCUCUCUCUCUCUCUCUUUCUCACACACACACGCACACUCCCCUCCCCCACCCCCCACCCACGUCCUCCCAUUCCGCCCCUCCCUGCCCCUUUCCCACCCCCUCGCACGCCCCUCACCUCCCACCUCCGUGCAACUGGUUUCCCCCCUAUGGUGCCUCCCUUGCAUCGCUCGCCCCUCUGCUCACCCUCUGCCCGCCCCUUUUCCGUGCCCUCAGCUGGCCCAGCCCCUGCCCGUUGCUGCCCCUCCCCUUGCCCCCUCAACUCCCCUGCCCCCCGUACACCCCAGUCCCAUCCAACCGCCCCCACCCUCCCCCGGCUGCCCGUUUCCGCUCUCCACCCCCGCGACCGUGUGCGGCUUCCAACCGCCCAACGGUGGUGCGCACGGGGCGUUUCUUCGCACGGGCAAGCCUCCCCGGGGGGGCCCCCACCCCGCUGAGUCGUUUCACACCCCCUGCCUCCUCAUGCCAUCCGCUCCCCCCCGCCCCCACCCUCCGCGUGCCCGCUCCCUUGCCGCCUCUUUUGACCCUCCCUGCCCCCCUCGCCGUUUCCCACCGCCCGCCAUUCGCUCCUCCCCGCCCGUGCGCUCCCCUCGUUUACCUUCUCCUCCCCCCUCCCCUCCUCUGCUGCACGCCUCUUCCUUCCCCUCGCCGACCCACUCCACUCCCUGCCCCUCCUCAAUCCGCACCCUGCCCCUCGUAUCUCGCCCCCCUAUGCUUGGUUUCUCCCCUCCCUGCCCCUCGCCGCCUUUCUCCGCUCCCCACCUCCCCCCUCUCCCUGCUCCCCCACUCUCCCCCCCUUGCCCUUGGCUUCCUACCUCCCUGCCCCACCUUUCCCCCCUCCGUGUGCUCAGCUUCUCCCCUCCCUGCCCCUCCCUCCUCCCCGCCCUGCCCCUCAUUUUCCGCCCCCCCACGCCCGGUUUCUCCCCUCCCCGCGCCUCCCUUUCUUUCUCCGUGCCUCUCCUUUGCUCCCUCCCUGCCCCCGCCUGCCCAUGCCCCUGUCUUUGGCUUCUCCCCUCCCUGCCCCACGUUUCUUCCCUCCCUGCCCCCCCUCUGCCCCUCCCUUGUUUUCCCCUCACCCAUUGCUUCUCCCCUCCCUGCCCUUGAUUUCCCGCACCCCUGCCCUUGUUUCCUACCAUCCAUGCCCCUCGUUUCCCCCCUUUGUACGUUCAGCCUCUUCCCUCCCUGCCCCUCCCCUCCUCCCCCCCUGCCCUUUGCGUUCCCCUCGUUACGCUCCCUUCUCCCCAUCCCUGCUGCCCUCUUGCCACCAUCAGCCCAUCCGCACCACCAGCCCCCCUCCCACCCUUCUCUCCCCCCCUCCCUUUCCCUCUCUCUCUCUCUCUCUCUCUCUCUCUCUCUUUCUCACACACACACGCACACUCCCCUCCCCCACCCCCCACCCACGUCCUCCCAUUCCGCCCCUCCCUGCCCCUUUCCCACCCCCUCGCACGCCCCUCACCUCCCACCUCCGUGCAACUGGUUUCCCCCCUAUGGUGCCUCCCUUGCAUCGCUCGCCCCUCUGCUCACCCUCUGCCCGCCCCUUUUCCGUGCCCUCAGCUGGCCCAGCCCCUGCCCGUUGCUGCCCCUCCCCUUGCCCCCUCAACUCCCCUGCCCCCCGUACACCCCAGUCCCAUCCAACCGCCCCCACCCUCCCCCGGCUGCCCGUUUCCGCUCUCCACCCCCGCGACCGUUCACACCCCCUGCCUCCUCAUGCCAUCCGCUCCCCCCCGCCCCCACCCUCCGCGUGCCCGCUCCCUUGCCGCCUCUUUUGACCCUCCCUGCCCCCCUCGCCGUUUCCCACCGCCCGCCAUUCGCUCCUCCCCGCCCGUGCGCUCCCCUCGUUUACCUUCUCCUCCCCCCUCCCCUCCUCUGCUGCACGCCUCUUCCUUCCCCUCGCCGACCCACUCCACUCCCUGCCCCUCCUCAAUCCGCACCCUGCCCCUCGUAUCUCGCCCCCCUAUGCUUGGUUUCUCCCCUCCCUGCCCCUCGCCGCCUUUCUCCGCUCCCCACCUCCCCCCUCUCCCUGCUCCCCCACUCUCCCCCCCUUGCCCUUGGCUUCCUACCUCCCUGCCCCACCUUUCCCCCCUCCGUGUGCUCAGCUUCUCCCCUCCCUGCCCCUCCCUCCUCCCCGCCCUGCCCCUCAUUUUCCGCCCCCCCACGCCCGGUUUCUCCCCUCCCCGCGCCUCCCUUUCUUUCUCCGUGCCUCUCCUUUGCUCCCUCCCUGCCCCCGCCUGCCCAUGCCCCUGUCUUUGGCUUCUCCCCUCCCUGCCCCACGUUUCUUCCCUCCCUGCCCCCCCUCUGCCCCUCCCUUGUUUUCCCCUCACCCAUUGCUUCUCCCCUCCCUGCCCUUGAUUUCCCGCACCCCUGCCCUUGUUUCCUACCAUCCAUGCCCCUCGUUUCCCCCCUUUGUACGUUCAGCCUCUUCCCUCCCUGCCCCUCCCCUCCUCCCCCCCUGCCCUUUGCGUUCCCCUCGUUACGCUCCCUUCUCCCCAUCCCUGCUGCCCUCUUGCCACCAUCAGCCCAUCCGCACCACCAGCCCCCCUCCCACCCUUCUCUCCCCCCCUCCCUUUCCCUCUCUCUCUCUCUCUCUCUCUCUCUUUCUCACACACACACGCACACUCCCCUCCCCCACCCCCCACCCACGUCCUCCCAUUCCGCCCCUCCCUGCCCCUUUCCCACCCCCUCGCACGCCCCUCACCUCCCACCUCCGUGCAACUGGUUUCCCCCCUAUGGUGCCUCCCUUGCAUCGCUCGCCCCUCUGCUCACCCUCUGCCCGCCCCUUUUCCGUGCCCUCAGCUGGCCCAGCCCCUGCCCGUUGCUGCCCCUCCCCUUGCCCCCUCAACUCCCCUGCCCCCCGUACACCCCAGUCCCAUCCAACCGCCCCCACCCUCCCCCGGCUGCCCGUUUCCGCUCUCCACCCCCGCGACCGUUCACACCCCCUGCCUCCUCAUGCCAUCCGCUCCCCCCCGCCCCCACCCUCCGCGUGCCCGCUCCCUUGCCGCCUCUUUUGACCCUCCCUGCCCCCCUCGCCGUUUCCCACCGCCCGCCAUUCGCUCCUCCCCGCCCGUGCGCUCCCCUCGUUUACCUUCUCCUCCCCCCUCCCCUCCUCUGCUGCACGCCUCUUCCUUCCCCUCGCCGACCCACUCCACUCCCUGCCCCUCCUCAAUCCGCACCCUGCCCCUCGUAUCUCGCCCCCCUAUGCUUGGUUUCUCCCCUCCCUGCCCCUCGCCGCCUUUCUCCGCUCCCCACCUCCCCCCUCUCCCUGCUCCCCCACUCUCCCCCCCUUGCCCUUGGCUUCCUACCUCCCUGCCCCACCUUUCCCCCCUCCGUGUGCUCAGCUUCUCCCCUCCCUGCCCCUCCCUCCUCCCCGCCCUGCCCCUCAUUUUCCGCCCCCCCACGCCCGGUUUCUCCCCUCCCCGCGCCUCCCUUUCUUUCUCCGUGCCUCUCCUUUGCUCCCUCCCUGCCCCCGCCUGCCCAUGCCCCUGUCUUUGGCUUCUCCCCUCCCUGCCCCACGUUUCUUCCCUCCCUGCCCCCCCUCUGCCCCUCCCUUGUUUUCCCCUCACCCAUUGCUUCUCCCCUCCCUGCCCUUGAUUUCCCGCACCCCUGCCCUUGUUUCCUACCAUCCAUGCCCCUCGUUUCCCCCCUUUGUACGUUCAGCCUCUUCCCUCCCUGCCCCUCCCCUCCUCCCCCCCUGCCCUUUGCGUUCCCCUCGUUACGCUCCCUUCUCCCCAUCCCUGCUGCCCUCUUGCCACCAUCAGCCCAUCCGCACCACCAGCCCCCCUCCCACCCUUCUCUCCCCCCCUCCCUUUCCCUCUCUCUCUCUCUCUCUCUCUCUCUCUCUUUCUCACACACACACGCACACUCCCCUCCCCCACCCCCCCACCCACGUCCUCCCAUUCCGCCCCUCCCUGCCCCUUUCCCACCCCCUCGCACGCCCCUCACCUCCCACCUCCGUGCAACUGGUUUCCCCCCUAUGGUGCCUCCCUUGCAUCGCUCGCCCCUCUGCUCACCCUCUGCCCGCCCCUUUUCCGUGCCCUCAGCUGGCCCAGCCCCUGCCCGUUGCUGCCCCUCCCCUUGCCCCCUCAACUCCCCUGCCCCCCGUACACCCCAGUCCCAUCCAACCGCCCCCACCCUCCCCCGGCUGCCCGUUUCCGCUCUCCACCCCCGCGACCUCACACCCCCUGCCUCCUCAUGCCAUCCGCUCCCCCCCGCCCCCACCCUCCGCGUGCCCGCUCCCUUGCCGCCUCUUUUGACCCUCCCUGCCCCCCUCGCCGUUUCCCACCGCCCGCCAUUCGCUCCUCCCCGCCCGUGCGCUCCCCUCGUUUACCUUCUCCUCCCCCCUCCCCUCCUCUGCUGCACGCCUCUUCCUUCCCCUCGCCGACCCACUCCACUCCCUGCCCCUCCUCAAUCCGCACCCUGCCCCUCGUAUCUCGCCCCCCUAUGCUUGGUUUCUCCCCUCCCUGCCCCUCGCCGCCUUUCUCCGCUCCCCACCUCCCCCCUCUCCCUGCUCCCCCACUCUCCCCCCCUUGCCCUUGGCUUCCUACCUCCCUGCCCCACCUUUCCCCCCUCCGUGUGCUCAGCUUCUCCCCUCCCUGCCCCUCCCUCCUCCCCGCCCUGCCCCUCAUUUUCCGCCCCCCCACGCCCGGUUUCUCCCCUCCCCGCGCCUCCCUUUCUUUCUCCGUGCCUCUCCUUUGCUCCCUCCCUGCCCCCGCCUGCCCAUGCCCCUGUCUUUGGCUUCUCCCCUCCCUGCCCCACGUUUCUUCCCUCCCUGCCCCCCCUCUGCCCCUCCCUUGUUUUCCCCUCACCCAUUGCUUCUCCCCUCCCUGCCCUUGAUUUCCCGCACCCCUGCCCUUGUUUCCUACCAUCCAUGCCCCUCGUUUCCCCCCUUUGUACGUUCAGCCUCUUCCCUCCCUGCCCCUCCCCUCCUCCCCCCCUGCCCUUUGCGUUCCCCUCGCUACGCUCCCUUCUCCCCAUCCCUGCUGCCCUCUUGCCACCAUCAGCCCAUCCGCACCACCAGCCCCCCUCCCACCCUUCUCUCCCCCCCUCCCUUUCCCUCUCUCUCUCUCUCUCUCUCUCUUUCUCACACACACACGCACACUCCCCUCCCCCACCCCCCACCCACGUCCUCCCAUUCCGCCCCUCCCUGCCCCUUUCCCACCCCCUCGCACGCCCCUCACCUCCCACCUCCGUGCAACUGGUUUCCCCCCUAUGGUGCCUCCCUUGCAUCGCUCGCCCCUCUGCUCACCCUCUGCCCGCCCCUUUUCCGUGCCCUCAGCUGGCCCAGCCCCUGCCCGUUGCUGCCCCUCCCCUUGCCCCCUCAACUCCCCUGCCCCCCGUACACCCCAGUCCCAUCCAACCGCCCCCACCCUCCCCCGGCUGCCCGUUUCCGCUCUCCACCCCCGCGACCGUGUGCGGCUUCCAACCGCCCAACGGUGUCACACCCCCUGCCUCCUCAUGCCAUCCGCUCCCCCCCGCCCCCACCCUCCGCGUGCCCGCUCCCUUGCCGCCUCUUUUGACCCUCCCUGCCCCCCUCGCCGUUUCCCACCGCCCGCCAUUCGCUCCUCCCCGCCCGUGCGCUCCCCUCGUUUACCUUCUCCUCCCCCCUCCCCUCCUCUGCUGCACGCCUCUUCCUUCCCCUCGCCGACCCACUCCACUCCCUGCCCCUCCUCAAUCCGCACCCUGCCCCUCGUAUCUCGCCCCCCUAUGCUUGGUUUCUCCCCUCCCUGCCCCUCGCCGCCUUUCUCCGCUCCCCACCUCCCCCCUCUCCCUGCUCCCCCACUCUCCCCCCCUUGCCCUUGGCUUCCUACCUCCCUGCCCCACCUUUCCCCCCUCCGUGUGCUCAGCUUCUCCCCUCCCUGCCCCUCCCUCCUCCCCGCCCUGCCCCUCAUUUUCCGCCCCCCCACGCCCGGUUUCUCCCCUCCCCGCGCCUCCCUUUCUUUCUCCGUGCCUCUCCUUUGCUCCCUCCCUGCCCCCGCCUGCCCAUGCCCCUGUCUUUGGCUUCUCCCCUCCCUGCCCCACGUUUCUUCCCUCCCUGCCCCCCCUCUGCCCCUCCCUUGUUUUCCCCUCACCCAUUGCUUCUCCCCUCCCUGCCCUUGAUUUCCCGCACCCCUGCCCUUGUUUCCUACCAUCCAUGCCCCUCGUUUCCCCCCUUUGUACGUUCAGCCUCUUCCCUCCCUGCCCCUCCCCUCCUCCCCCCCUGCCCUUUGCGUUCCCCUCGUUACGCUCCCUUCUCCCCAUCCCUGCUGCCCUCUUGCCACCAUCAGCCCAUCCGCACCACCAGCCCCCCUCCCACCCUUCUCUCCCCCCCUCCCUUUCCCUCUCUCUCUCUCUCUCUCUCUCUCUCUCUCUCUCUCUUUCUCACACACACACGCACACUCCCCUCCCCCACCCCCCCACCCACGUCCUCCCAUUCCGCCCCUCCCUGCCCCUUUCCCACCCCCUCGCACGCCCCUCACCUCCCACCUCCGUGCAACUGGUUUCCCCCCUAUGGUGCCUCCCUUGCAUCGCUCGCCCCUCUGCUCACCCUCUGCCCGCCCCUUUUCCGUGCCCUCAGCUGGCCCAGCCCCUGCCCGUUGCUGCCCCUCCCCUUGCCCCCUCAACUCCCCUGCCCCCCGUACACCCCAGUCCCAUCCAACCGCCCCCACCCUCCCCCGGCUGCCCGUUUCCGCUCUCCACCCCCGCGACCGUGUGCGGCUUCCAACCGCCCAACGGUGGUGCGCACGGGGCGUUUCUUCGCACGGGCAAGCCUCCCCGGGGGGCCCCCACCCCGCUGAGUCGUUUCACACCCCCUGCCUCCUCAUGCCAUCCGCUCCCCCCCGCCCCCACCCUCCGCGUGCCCGCUCCCUUGCCGCCUCUUUUGACCCUCCCUGCCCCCCUCGCCGUUUCCCACCGCCCGCCAUUCGCUCCUCCCCGCCCGUGCGCUCCCCUCGUUUACCUUCUCCUCCCCCCUCCCCUCCUCUGCUGCACGCCUCUUCCUUCCCCUCGCCGACCCACUCCACUCCCUGCCCCUCCUCAAUCCGCACCCUGCCCCUCGUAUCUCGCCCCCCUAUGCUUGGUUUCUCCCCUCCCUGCCCCUCGCCGCCUUUCUCCGCUCCCCACCUCCCCCCUCUCCCUGCUCCCCCACUCUCCCCCCCUUGCCCUUGGCUUCCUACCUCCCUGCCCCACCUUUCCCCCCUCCGUGUGCUCAGCUUCUCCCCUCCCUGCCCCUCCCUCCUCCCCGCCCUGCCCCUCAUUUUCCGCCCCCCCACGCCCGGUUUCUCCCCUCCCCGCGCCUCCCUUUCUUUCUCCGUGCCUCUCCUUUGCUCCCUCCCUGCCCCCGCCUGCCCAUGCCCCUGUCUUUGGCUUCUCCCCUCCCUGCCCCACGUUUCUUCCCUCCCUGCCCCCCCUCUGCCCCUCCCUUGUUUUCCCCUCACCCAUUGCUUCUCCCCUCCCUGCCCUUGAUUUCCCGCACCCCUGCCCUUGUUUCCUACCAUCCAUGCCCCUCGUUUCCCCCCUUUGUACGUUCAGCCUCUUCCCUCCCUGCCCCUCCCCUCCUCCCCCCCUGCCCUUUGCGUUCCCCUCGCUACGCUCCCUUCUCCCCAUCCCUGCUGCCCUCUUGCCACCAUCAGCCCAUCCGCACCACCAGCCCCCCUCCCACCCUUCUCUCCCCCCCUCCCUUUCCCUCUCUCUCUCUCUCUCUCUCUCUCUCUCUCUCUCUCUUUCUCACACACACACGCACACUCCCCUCCCCCACCCCCCACCCACGUCCUCCCAUUCCGCCCCUCCCUGCCCCUUUCCCACCCCCUCGCACGCCCCUCACCUCCCACCUCCGUGCAACUGGUUUCCCCCCUAUGGUGCCUCCCUUGCAUCGCUCGCCCCGCUGCUCACCCUCUGCCCGCCCCUUUUCCGUGCCCUCAGCUGGCCCAGCCCCUGCCCGUUGCUGCCCCUCCCCUUGCCCCCUCAACUCCCCUGCCCCCCGUACACCCCAGUCCCAUCCAACCGCCCCCACCCUCCCCCGGCUGCCCGUUUCCGCUCUCCACCCCCGCGACCGUUCACACCCCCUGCCUCCUCAUGCCAUCCGCUCCCCCCCGCCCCCACCCUCCGCGUGCCCGCUCCCUUGCCGCCUCUUUUGACCCUCCCUGCCCCCCUCGCCGUUUCCCACCGCCCGCCAUUCGCUCCUCCCCGCCCGUGCGCUCCCCUCGUUUACCUUCUCCUCCCCCCUCCCCUCCUCUGCUGCACGCCUCUUCCUUCCCCUCGCCGACCCACUCCACUCCCUGCCCCUCCUCAAUCCGCACCCUGCCCCUCGUAUCUCGCCCCCCUAUGCUUGGUUUCUCCCCUCCCUGCCCCUCGCCGCCUUUCUCCGCUCCCCACCUCCCCCCUCUCCCUGCUCCCCCACUCUCCCCCCCUUGCCCUUGGCUUCCUACCUCCCUGCCCCACCUUUCCCCCCUCCGUGUGCUCAGCUUCUCCCCUCCCUGCCCCUCCCUCCUCCCCGCCCUGCCCCUCAUUUUCCGCCCCCCCACGCCCGGUUUCUCCCCUCCCCGCGCCUCCCUUUCUUUCUCCGUGCCUCUCCUUUGCUCCCUCCCUGCCCCCGCCUGCCCAUGCCCCUGUCUUUGGCUUCUCCCCUCCCUGCCCCACGUUUCUUCCCUCCCUGCCCCCCCUCUGCCCCUCCCUUGUUUUCCCCUCACCCAUUGCUUCUCCCCUCCCUGCCCUUGAUUUCCCGCACCCCUGCCCUUGUUUCCUACCAUCCAUGCCCCUCGUUUCCCCCCUUUGUACGUUCAGCCUCUUCCCUCCCUGCCCCUCCCCUCCUCCCCCCCUGCCCUUUGCGUUCCCCUCGUUACGCUCCCUUCUCCCCAUCCCUGCUGCCCUCUUGCCACCAUCAGCCCAUCCGCACCACCAGCCCCCCUCCCACCCUUCUCUCCCCCCCUCCCUUUCCCUCUCUCUCUCUCUCUCUCUCUCUCUCUCUCUCUUUCUCACACACACACGCACACUCCCCUCCCCCACCCCCCACCCACGUCCUCCCAUUCCGCCCCUCCCUGCCCCUUUCCCACCCCCUCGCACGCCCCUCACCUCCCACCUCCGUGCAACUGGUUUCCCCCCUAUGGUGCCUCCCUUGCAUCGCUCGCCCCUCUGCUCACCCUCUGCCCGCCCCUUUUCCGUGCCCUCAGCUGGCCCAGCCCCUGCCCGUUGCUGCCCCUCCCCUUGCCCCCUCAACUCCCCUGCCCCCCGUACACCCCAGUCCCAUCCAACCGCCCCCACCCUCCCCCGGCUGCCCGUUUCCGCUCUCCACCCCCGCGACCUCACACCCCCUGCCUCCUCAUGCCAUCCGCUCCCCCCCGCCCCCACCCUCCGCGUGCCCGCUCCCUUGCCGCCUCUUUUGACCCUCCCUGCCCCCCUCGCCGUUUCCCACCGCCCGCCAUUCGCUCCUCCCCGCCCGUGCGCUCCCCUCGUUUACCUUCUCCUCCCCCCUCCCCUCCUCUGCUGCACGCCUCUUCCUUCCCCUCGCCGACCCACUCCACUCCCUGCCCCUCCUCAAUCCGCACCCUGCCCCUCGUAUCUCGCCCCCCUAUGCUUGGUUUCUCCCCUCCCUGCCCCUCGCCGCCUUUCUCCGCUCCCCACCUCCCCCCUCUCCCUGCUCCCCCACUCUCCCCCCCUUGCCCUUGGCUUCCUACCUCCCUGCCCCACCUUUCCCCCCUCCGUGUGCUCAGCUUCUCCCCUCCCUGCCCCUCCCUCCUCCCCGCCCUGCCCCUCAUUUUCCGCCCCCCCACGCCCGGUUUCUCCCCUCCCCGCGCCUCCCUUUCUUUCUCCGUGCCUCUCCUUUGCUCCCUCCCUGCCCCCGCCUGCCCAUGCCCCUGUCUUUGGCUUCUCCCCUCCCUGCCCCACGUUUCUUCCCUCCCUGCCCCCCCUCUGCCCCUCCCUUGUUUUCCCCUCACCCAUUGCUUCUCCCCUCCCUGCCCUUGAUUUCCCGCACCCCUGCCCUUGUUUCCUACCAUCCAUGCCCCUCGUUUCCCCCCUUUGUACGUUCAGCCUCUUCCCUCCCUGCCCCUCCCCUCCUCCCCCCCUGCCCUUUGCGUUCCCCUCGUUACGCUCCCUUCUCCCCAUCCCUGCUGCCCUCUUGCCACCAUCAGCCCAUCCGCACCACCAGCCCCCCUCCCACCCUUCUCUCCCCCCCUCCCUUUCCCUCUCUCUCUCUCUCUCUCUCUCUCUCUCUCUUUCUCACACACACACGCACACUCCCCUCCCCCACCCCCCACCCACGUCCUCCCAUUCCGCCCCUCCCUGCCCCUUUCCCACCCCCUCGCACGCCCCUCACCUCCCACCUCCGUGCAACUGGUUUCCCCCCUAUGGUGCCUCCCUUGCAUCGCUCGCCCCUCUGCUCACCCUCUGCCCGCCCCUUUUCCGUGCCCUCAGCUGGCCCAGCCCCUGCCCGUUGCUGCCCCUCCCCGUUGCCCCCUCAACUCCCCUGCCCCCCGUACACCCCAGUCCCAUCCAACCGCCCCCACCCUCCCCCGGCUGCCCGUUUCCGCUCUCCACCCCCGCGACCGUUCACACCCCCUGCCUCCUCAUGCCAUCCGCUCCCCCCCGCCCCCACCCUCCGCGUGCCCGCUCCCUUGCCGCCUCUUUUGACCCUCCCUGCCCCCCUCGCCGUUUCCCACCGCCCGCCAUUCGCUCCUCCCCGCCCGUGCGCUCCCCUCGUUUACCUUCUCCUCCCCCCUUCCCCUCCUCUGCUGCACGCCUCUUCCUUCCCCUCGCCGACCCACUCCACUCCCUGCCCCUCCUCAAUCCGCACCCUGCCCCUCGUAUCUCGCCCCCCUAUGCUUGGUUUCUCCCCUCCCUGCCCCUCGCCGCCUUUCUCCGCUCCCCACCUCCCCCCUCUCCCUGCUCCCCCACUCUCCCCCCCUUGCCCUUGGCUUCCUACCUCCCUGCCCCACCUUUCCCCCCUCCGUGUGCUCAGCUUCUCCCCUCCCUGCCCCUCCCUCCUCCCCGCCCUGCCCCUCAUUUUCCGCCCCCCCACGCCCGGUUUCUCCCCUCCCCGCGCCUCCCUUUCUUUCUCCGUGCCUCUCCUUUGCUCCCUCCCUGCCCCCGCCUGCCCAUGCCCCUGUCUUUGGCUUCUCCCCUCCCUGCCCCACGUUUCUUCCCUCCCUGCCCCCCCUCUGCCCCUCCCUUGUUUUCCCCUCACCCAUUGCUUCUCCCCUCCCUGCCCUUGAUUUCCCGCACCCCUGCCCUUGUUUCCUACCAUCCAUGCCCCUCGUUUCCCCCCUUUGUACGUUCAGCCUCUUCCCUCCCUGCCCCUCCCCUCCUCCCCCCCUGCCCUUUGCGUUCCCCUCGCUACGCUCCCUUCUCCCCAUCCCUGCUGCCCUCUUGCCACCAUCAGCCCAUCCGCACCACCAGCCCCCCUCCCACCCUUCUCUCCCCCCCUCCCUUUCCCUCUCUCUCUCUCUCUCUCUCUCUCUCUCUUUCUCACACACACACGCACACUCCCCUCCCCCACCCCCCACCCACGUCCUCCCAUUCCGCCCCUCCCUGCCCCUUUCCCACCCCCUCGCACGCCCCUCACCUCCCACCUCCGUGCAACUGGUUUCCCCCCUAUGGUGCCUCCCUUGCAUCGCUCGCCCCUCUGCUCACCCUCUGCCCGCCCCUUUUCCGUGCCCUCAGCUGGCCCAGCCCCUGCCCGUUGCUGCCCCUCCCCUUGCCCCCUCAACUCCCCUGCCCCCCGUACACCCCAGUCCCAUCCAACCGCCCCCACCCUCCCCCGGCUGCCCGUUUCCGCUCUCCACCCCCGCGACCGUUCACACCCCCUGCCUCCUCAUGCCAUCCGCUCCCCCCCGCCCCCACCCUCCGCGUGCCCGCUCCCUUGCCGCCUCUUUUGACCCUCCCUGCCCCCCUCGCCGUUUCCCACCGCCCGCCAUUCGCUCCUCCCCGCCCGUGCGCUCCCCUCGUUUACCUUCUCCUCCCCCCUCCCCUCCUCUGCUGCACGCCUCUUCCUUCCCCUCGCCGACCCACUCCACUCCCUGCCCCUCCUCAAUCCGCACCCUGCCCCUCGUAUCUCGCCCCCCUAUGCUUGGUUUCUCCCCUCCCUGCCCCUCGCCGCCUUUCUCCGCUCCCCACCUCCCCCCUCUCCCUGCUCCCCCACUCUCCCCCCCUUGCCCUUGGCUUCCUACCUCCCUGCCCCACCUUUCCCCCCUCCGUGUGCUCAGCUUCUCCCCUCCCUGCCCCUCCCUCCUCCCCGCCCUGCCCCUCAUUUUCCGCCCCCCCACGCCCGGUUUCUCCCCUCCCCGCGCCUCCCUUUCUUUCUCCGUGCCUCUCCUUUGCUCCCUCCCUGCCCCCGCCUGCCCAUGCCCCUGUCUUUGGCUUCUCCCCUCCCUGCCCCACGUUUCUUCCCUCCCUGCCCCCCCUCUGCCCCUCCCUUGUUUUCCCCUCACCCAUUGCUUCUCCCCUCCCUGCCCUUGAUUUCCCGCACCCCUGCCCUUGUUUCCUACCAUCCAUGCCCCUCGUUUCCCCCCUUUGUACGUUCAGCCUCUUCCCUCCCUGCCCCUCCCCUCCUCCCCCCCUGCCCUUUGCGUUCCCCUCGUUACGCUCCCUUCUCCCCAUCCCUGCUGCCCUCUUGCCACCAUCAGCCCAUCCGCACCACCAGCCCCCCUCCCACCCUUCUCUCCCCCCCUCCCUUUCCCUCUCUCUCUCUCUCUCUCUCUCUCUCUCUCUCUCUCUUUCUCACACACACACGCACACUCCCCUCCCCCACCCCCCACCCACGUCCUCCCAUUCCGCCCCUCCCUGCCCCUUUCCCACCCCCUCGCACGCCCCUCACCUCCCACCUCCGUGCAACUGGUUUCCCCCCUAUGGUGCCUCCCUUGCAUCGCUCGCCCCGCUGCUCACCCUCUGCCCGCCCCUUUUCCGUGCCCUCAGCUGGCCCAGCCCCUGCCCGUUGCUGCCCCUCCCCUUGCCCCCUCAACUCCCCUGCCCCCCGUACACCCCAGUCCCAUCCAACCGCCCCCACCCUCCCCCGGCUGCCCGUUUCCGCUCUCCACCCCCGCGACCGUUCACACCCCCUGCCUCCUCAUGCCAUCCGCUCCCCCCCGCCCCCACCCUCCGCGUGCCCGCUCCCUUGCCGCCUCUUUUGACCCUCCCUGCCCCCCUCGCCGUUUCCCACCGCCCGCCAUUCGCUCCUCCCCGCCCGUGCGCUCCCCUCGUUUACCUUCUCCUCCCCCCUCCCCUCCUCUGCUGCACGCCUCUUCCUUCCCCUCGCCGACCCACUCCACUCCCUGCCCCUCCUCAAUCCGCACCCUGCCCCUCGUAUCUCGCCCCCCUAUGCUUGGUUUCUCCCCUCCCUGCCCCUCGCCGCCUUUCUCCGCUCCCCACCUCCCCCCUCUCCCUGCUCCCCCACUCUCCCCCCCUUGCCCUUGGCUUCCUACCUCCCUGCCCCACCUUUCCCCCCUCCGUGUGCUCAGCUUCUCCCCUCCCUGCCCCUCCCUCCUCCCCGCCCUGCCCCUCAUUUUCCGCCCCCCCACGCCCGGUUUCUCCCCUCCCCGCGCCUCCCUUUCUUUCUCCGUGCCUCUCCUUUGCUCCCUCCCUGCCCCCGCCUGCCCAUGCCCCUGUCUUUGGCUUCUCCCCUCCCUGCCCCACGUUUCUUCCCUCCCUGCCCCCCCUCUGCCCCUCCCUUGUUUUCCCCUCACCCAUUGCUUCUCCCCUCCCUGCCCUUGAUUUCCCGCACCCCUGCCCUUGUUUCCUACCAUCCAUGCCCCUCGUUUCCCCCCUUUGUACGUUCAGCCUCUUCCCUCCCUGCCCCUCCCCUCCUCCCCCCCUGCCCUUUGCGUUCCCCUCGUUACGCUCCCUUCUCCCCAUCCCUGCUGCCCUCUUGCCACCAUCAGCCCAUCCGCACCACCAGCCCCCCUCCCACCCUUCUCUCCCCCCCUCCCUUUCCCUCUCUCUCUCUCUCUCUCUCUCUCUCUCUCUCUCUCUCUUUCUCACACACACACGCACACUCCCCUCCCCCACCCCCCACCCACGUCCUCCCAUUCCGCCCCUCCCUGCCCCUUUCCCACCCCCUCGCACGCCCCUCACCUCCCACCUCCGUGCAACUGGUUUCCCCCCUAUGGUGCCUCCCUUGCAUCGCUCGCCCCGCUGCUCACCCUCUGCCCGCCCCUUUUCCGUGCCCUCAGCUGGCCCAGCCCCUGCCCGUUGCUGCCCCUCCCCUUGCCCCCUCAACUCCCCUGCCCCCCGUACACCCCAGUCCCAUCCAACCGCCCCCACCCUCCCCCGGCUGCCCGUUUCCGCUCUCCACCCCCGCGACCUCACACCCCCUGCCUCCUCAUGCCAUCCGCUCCCCCCCGCCCCCACCCUCCGCGUGCCCGCUCCCUUGCCGCCUCUUUUGACCCUCCCUGCCCCCCUCGCCGUUUCCCACCGCCCGCCAUUCGCUCCUCCCCGCCCGUGCGCUCCCCUCGUUUACCUUCUCCUCCCCCCUCCCCUCCUCUGCUGCACGCCUCUUCCUUCCCCUCGCCGACCCACUCCACUCCCUGCCCCUCCUCAAUCCGCACCCUGCCCCUCGUAUCUCGCCCCCCUAUGCUUGGUUUCUCCCCUCCCUGCCCCUCGCCGCCUUUCUCCGCUCCCCACCUCCCCCCUCUCCCUGCUCCCCCACUCUCCCCCCCUUGCCCUUGGCUUCCUACCUCCCUGCCCCACCUUUCCCCCCUCCGUGUGCUCAGCUUCUCCCCUCCCUGCCCCUCCCUCCUCCCCGCCCUGCCCCUCAUUUUCCGCCCCCCCACGCCCGGUUUCUCCCCUCCCCGCGCCUCCCUUUCUUUCUCCGUGCCUCUCCUUUGCUCCCUCCCUGCCCCCGCCUGCCCAUGCCCCUGUCUUUGGCUUCUCCCCUCCCUGCCCCACGUUUCUUCCCUCCCUGCCCCCCCUCUGCCCCUCCCUUGUUUUCCCCUCACCCAUUGCUUCUCCCCUCCCUGCCCUUGAUUUCCCGCACCCCUGCCCUUGUUUCCUACCAUCCAUGCCCCUCGUUUCCCCCCUUUGUACGUUCAGCCUCUUCCCUCCCUGCCCCUCCCCUCCUCCCCCCCUGCCCUUUGCGUUCCCCUCGUUACGCUCCCUUCUCCCCAUCCCUGCUGCCCUCUUGCCACCAUCAGCCCAUCCGCACCACCAGCCCCCCUCCCACCCUUCUCUCCCCCCCUCCCUUUCCCUCUCUCUCUCUCUCUCUCUCUCUCUCUCUCUCUCUUUCUCACACACACACGCACACUCCCCUCCCCCACCCCCCACCCACGUCCUCCCAUUCCGCCCCUCCCUGCCCCUUUCCCACCCCCUCGCACGCCCCUCACCUCCCACCUCCGUGCAACUGGUUUCCCCCCUAUGGUGCCUCCCUUGCAUCGCUCGCCCCGCUGCUCACCCUCUGCCCGCCCCUUUUCCGUGCCCUCAGCUGGCCCAGCCCCUGCCCGUUGCUGCCCCUCCCCUUGCCCCCUCAACUCCCCUGCCCCCCGUACACCCCAGUCCCAUCCAACCGCCCCCACCCUCCCCCGGCUGCCCGUUUCCGCUCUCCACCCCCGCGACCGUGUGCGGCUUCCAACCGCCCAACGGUGGUGCGCACGGGGCGUUUCUUCGCACGGGCAAGCCUCCCCGGGGGGCCCCCACCCCGCUGAGUCGUUUCACACCCCCUGCCUCCUCAUGCCAUCCGCUCCCCCCCGCCCCCACCCUCCGCGUGCCCGCUCCCUUGCCGCCUCUUUUGACCCUCCCUGCCCCCCUCGCCGUUUCCCACCGCCCGCCAUUCGCUCCUCCCCGCCCGUGCGCUCCCCUCGUUUACCUUCUCCUCCCCCCUCCCCUCCUCUGCUGCACGCCUCUUCCUUCCCCUCGCCGACCCACUCCACUCCCUGCCCCUCCUCAAUCCGCACCCUGCCCCUCGUAUCUCGCCCCCCUAUGCUUGGUUUCUCCCCUCCCUGCCCCUCGCCGCCUUUCUCCGCUCCCCACCUCCCCCCUCUCCCUGCUCCCCCACUCUCCCCCCCUUGCCCUUGGCUUCCUACCUCCCUGCCCCACCUUUCCCCCCUCCGUGUGCUCAGCUUCUCCCCUCCCUGCCCCUCCCUCCUCCCCGCCCUGCCCCUCAUUUUCCGCCCCCCCACGCCCGGUUUCUCCCCUCCCCGCGCCUCCCUUUCUUUCUCCGUGCCUCUCCUUUGCUCCCUCCCUGCCCCCGCCUGCCCAUGCCCCUGUCUUUGGCUUCUCCCCUCCCUGCCCCACGUUUCUUCCCUCCCUGCCCCCCCUCUGCCCCUCCCUUGUUUUCCCCUCACCCAUUGCUUCUCCCCUCCCUGCCCUUGAUUUCCCGCACCCCUGCCCUUGUUUCCUACCAUCCAUGCCCCUCGUUUCCCCCCUUUGUACGUUCAGCCUCUUCCCUCCCUGCCCCUCCCCUCCUCCCCCCCUGCCCUUUGCGUUCCCCUCGCUUACGCUCCCUUCUCCCCAUCCCUGCUGCCCUCUUGCCACCAUCAGCCCAUCCGCACCACCAGCCCCCCUCCCACCCUUCUCUCCCCCCCUCCCUUUCCCUCUCUCUCUCUCUCUCUCUCUCUCUCUCUCUCUUUCUCACACACACACGCACACUCCCCUCCCCCACCCCCCACCCACGUCCUCCCAUUCCGCCCCUCCCUGCCCCUUUCCCACCCCCUCGCACGCCCCUCACCUCCCACCUCCGUGCAACUGGUUUCCCCCCUAUGGUGCCUCCCUUGCAUCGCUCGCCCCGCUGCUCACCCUCUGCCCGCCCCUUUUCCGUGCCCUCAGCUGGCCCAGCCCCUGCCCGUUGCUGCCCCUCCCCUUGCCCCCUCAACUCCCCUGCCCCCCGUACACCCCAGUCCCAUCCAACCGCCCCCACCCUCCCCCGGCUGCCCGUUUCCGCUCUCCACCCCCGCGACCGUUCACACCCCCUGCCUCCUCAUGCCAUCCGCUCCCCCCCGCCCCCACCCUCCGCGUGCCCGCUCCCUUGCCGCCUCUUUUGACCCUCCCUGCCCCCCUCGCCGUUUCCCACCGCCCGCCAUUCGCUCCUCCCCGCCCGUGCGCUCCCCUCGUUUACCUUCUCCUCCCCCCUCCCCUCCUCUGCUGCACGCCUCUUCCUUCCCCUCGCCGACCCACUCCACUCCCUGCCCCUCCUCAAUCCGCACCCUGCCCCUCGUAUCUCGCCCCCCUAUGCUUGGUUUCUCCCCUCCCUGCCCCUCGCCGCCUUUCUCCGCUCCCCACCUCCCCCCUCUCCCUGCUCCCCCACUCUCCCCCCCUUGCCCUUGGCUUCCUACCUCCCUGCCCCACCUUUCCCCCCUCCGUGUGCUCAGCUUCUCCCCUCCCUGCCCCUCCCUCCUCCCCGCCCUGCCCCUCAUUUUCCGCCCCCCCACGCCCGGUUUCUCCCCUCCCCGCGCCUCCCUUUCUUUCUCCGUGCCUCUCCUUUGCUCCCUCCCUGCCCCCGCCUGCCCAUGCCCCUGUCUUUGGCUUCUCCCCUCCCUGCCCCACGUUUCUUCCCUCCCUGCCCCCCCUCUGCCCCUCCCUUGUUUUCCCCUCACCCAUUGCUUCUCCCCUCCCUGCCCUUGAUUUCCCGCACCCCUGCCCUUGUUUCCUACCAUCCAUGCCCCUCGUUUCCCCCCUUUGUACGUUCAGCCUCUUCCCUCCCUGCCCCUCCCCUCCUCCCCCCCUGCCCUUUGCGUUCCCCUCGCUACGCUCCCUUCUCCCCAUCCCUGCUGCCCUCUUGCCACCAUCAGCCCAUCCGCACCACCAGCCCCCCUCCCACCCUUCUCUCCCCCCCUCCCUUUCCCUCUCUCUCUCUCUCUCUCUCUCUCUCUCUCUCUUUCUCACACACACACGCACACUCCCCUCCCCCACCCCCCACCCACGUCCUCCCAUUCCGCCCCUCCCUGCCCCUUUCCCACCCCCUCGCACGCCCCUCACCUCCCACCUCCGUGCAACUGGUUUCCCCCCUAUGGUGCCUCCCUUGCAUCGCUCGCCCCGCUGCUCACCCUCUGCCCGCCCCUUUUCCGUGCCCUCAGCUGGCCCAGCCCCUGCCCGUUGCUGCCCCUCCCCUUGCCCCCUCAACUCCCCUGCCCCCCGUACACCCCAGUCCCAUCCAACCGCCCCCACCCUCCCCCGGCUGCCCGUUUCCGCUCUCCACCCCCGCGACCUCACACCCCCUGCCUCCUCAUGCCAUCCGCUCCCCCCCGCCCCCACCCUCCGCGUGCCCGCUCCCUUGCCGCCUCUUUUGACCCUCCCUGCCCCCCUCGCCGUUUCCCACCGCCCGCCAUUCGCUCCUCCCCGCCCGUGCGCUCCCCUCGUUUACCUUCUCCUCCCCCCUCCCCUCCUCUGCUGCACGCCUCUUCCUUCCCCUCGCCGACCCACUCCACUCCCUGCCCCUCCUCAAUCCGCACCCUGCCCCUCGUAUCUCGCCCCCCUAUGCUUGGUUUCUCCCCUCCCUGCCCCUCGCCGCCUUUCUCCGCUCCCCACCUCCCCCCUCUCCCUGCUCCCCCACUCUCCCCCCCUUGCCCUUGGCUUCCUACCUCCCUGCCCCACCUUUCCCCCCUCCGUGUGCUCAGCUUCUCCCCUCCCUGCCCCUCCCUCCUCCCCGCCCUGCCCCUCAUUUUCCGCCCCCCCACGCCCGGUUUCUCCCCUCCCCGCGCCUCCCUUUCUUUCUCCGUGCCUCUCCUUUGCUCCCUCCCUGCCCCCGCCUGCCCAUGCCCCUGUCUUUGGCUUCUCCCCUCCCUGCCCCACGUUUCUUCCCUCCCUGCCCCCCCUCUGCCCCUCCCUUGUUUUCCCCUCACCCAUUGCUUCUCCCCUCCCUGCCCUUGAUUUCCCGCACCCCUGCCCUUGUUUCCUACCAUCCAUGCCCCUCGUUUCCCCCCUUUGUACGUUCAGCCUCUUCCCUCCCUGCCCCUCCCCUCCUCCCCCCCUGCCCUUUGCGUUCCCCUCGUUACGCUCCCUUCUCCCCAUCCCUGCUGCCCUCUUGCCACCAUCAGCCCAUCCGCACCACCAGCCCCCCUCCCACCCUUCUCUCCCCCCCUCCCUUUCCCUCUCUCUCUCUCUCUCUCUCUCUCUCUCUCUUUCUCACACACACACGCACACUCCCCUCCCCCACCCCCCACCCACGUCCUCCCAUUCCGCCCCUCCCUGCCCCUUUCCCACCCCCUCGCACGCCCCUCACCUCCCACCUCCGUGCAACUGGUUUCCCCCCUAUGGUGCCUCCCUUGCAUCGCUCGCCCCGCUGCUCACCCUCUGCCCGCCCCUUUUCCGUGCCCUCAGCUGGCCCAGCCCCUGCCCGUUGCUGCCCCUCCCCUUGCCCCCUCAACUCCCCUGCCCCCCGUACACCCCAGUCCCAUCCAACCGCCCCCACCCUCCCCCGGCUGCCCGUUUCCGCUCUCCACCCCCGCGACCGUUCACACCCCCUGCCUCCUCAUGCCAUCCGCUCCCCCCCGCCCCCACCCUCCGCGUGCCCGCUCCCUUGCCGCCUCUUUUGACCCUCCCUGCCCCCCUCGCCGUUUCCCACCGCCCGCCAUUCGCUCCUCCCCGCCCGUGCGCUCCCCUCGUUUACCUUCUCCUCCCCCCUCCCCUCCUCUGCUGCACGCCUCUUCCUUCCCCUCGCCGACCCACUCCACUCCCUGCCCCUCCUCAAUCCGCACCCUGCCCCUCGUAUCUCGCCCCCCUAUGCUUGGUUUCUCCCCUCCCUGCCCCUCGCCGCCUUUCUCCGCUCCCCACCUCCCCCCUCUCCCUGCUCCCCCACUCUCCCCCCCUUGCCCUUGGCUUCCUACCUCCCUGCCCCACCUUUCCCCCCUCCGUGUGCUCAGCUUCUCCCCUCCCUGCCCCUCCCUCCUCCCCGCCCUGCCCCUCAUUUUCCGCCCCCCCACGCCCGGUUUCUCCCCUCCCCGCGCCUCCCUUUCUUUCUCCGUGCCUCUCCUUUGCUCCCUCCCUGCCCCCGCCUGCCCAUGCCCCUGUCUUUGGCUUCUCCCCUCCCUGCCCCACGUUUCUUCCCUCCCUGCCCCCCCUCUGCCCCUCCCUUGUUUUCCCCUCACCCAUUGCUUCUCCCCUCCCUGCCCUUGAUUUCCCGCACCCCUGCCCUUGUUUCCUACCAUCCAUGCCCCUCGUUUCCCCCCUUUGUACGUUCAGCCUCUUCCCUCCCUGCCCCUCCCCUCCUCCCCCCCUGCCCUUUGCGUUCCCCUCGCUACGCUCCCUUCUCCCCAUCCCUGCUGCCCUCUUGCCACCAUCAGCCCAUCCGCACCACCAGCCCCCCUCCCACCCUUCUCUCCCCCCCUCCCUUUCCCUCUCUCUCUCUCUCUCUCUCUCUCUUUCUCACACACACACGCACACUCCCCUCCCCCACCCCCCACCCACGUCCUCCCAUUCCGCCCCUCCCUGCCCCUUUCCCACCCCCUCGCACGCCCCUCACCUCCCACCUCCGUGCAACUGGUUUCCCCCCUAUGGUGCCUCCCUUGCAUCGCUCGCCCCUCUGCUCACCCUCUGCCCGCCCCUUUUCCGUGCCCUCAGCUGGCCCAGCCCCUGCCCGUUGCUGCCCCUCCCCUUGCCCCCUCAACUCCCCUGCCCCCCGUACACCCCAGUCCCAUCCAACCGCCCCCACCCUCCCCCGGCUGCCCGUUUCCGCUCUCCACCCCCGCGACCGUGUGCGGCUUCCAACCGCCCAACGGUGGUGCGCACGGGGCGUUUCUUCGCACGGGCAAGCCUCCCCGGGGGGCCCCCACCCCGCUGA